GGGACGCUGGUUUGAUGAAUGGUUGUGCAGCCACAGUUUUUUAAAAUUAGGAAUGUCGCGUAAAGAGUUUUUCGUAUUGGCAACUGCUCACUUUAAUUGUGCUUUAGUUUAGUGUAAAUCAUAUAAACUCAUACGGGAAAUAACGUCAUCGUUUAUUUAAUAUGCCGCUCACGAAUUGAGAGUGGGAUGUUCAUUGUUUCUUUCGCGUGUAGUACAACAUGGCAUGUGUUCAGCGGGCAUUCGCACAGAAAUUGUCAAAGCAACAUGCUGCAGAAGUUAGAAGACAAAUUGCAUCAUCAUCUUACAGUCAGGAUUCUAAGAAUCAGAAUCUCUUAUCACUCUCUUCGGCAUCAUUGUACGACGUUGUGGAGCCAAUGGAUUAUGAAGAAUUUGUUCAGUUAAAUCAAAUGCUUCUGGAACGGGAUCCAUUGCACCAUGUCCUGGAUUUUCCAGAAAAUGAUAUUGAGGUGGUAGUAAUACCUCGAAAAAUUAGGACAGUGGAUCCUGUAGUACCUGAGGAGCCUUCGGAUGAGCUGUCACCACAUGUUCGUGACUGCGUUCGUUGCUACACAUCUGAUUACAUUUUUGUGAAACAUAACUAUAGGCAGUAUUCAAGCAGUUGUUCCAUACGAGAUCGUUGUGGUGAACGUUUGAGUGUUGUUCAAGGAAUUCCACAUCAAGAAUUUGAAAUUGACUAUGAAGAACCAACUACUUCUAGUACUCCUGAUGAGGAAGUAUUCAGGGUUGAGUCUGGGCUGUCGUCAUCUCAGCAGUCAGUCCACUCUGUUGAUACACCACGUGCAAGCUGGGCGAGCUUUGAUCUCCGAAGCUCUGUUAGUGACAUGCUUAUACCUUCAUUGUUGGAGAGAGUGCCUCCAGAAACAAUUGAUCAACUGAAUGAGGCAAAAAGACAAGACAACAGACAGGAUGGACUGUUCACCCUUUAUCCUGUUCAAGAUGAAGAAGAGAUGAUUGAGAAGCGAAUCCCUGCUGAAAUACCAAACGAGCACAUGGGACACAGGAUUUUAGUCAGGUGUUUGCAGCUCAGGCUAGAACUGGAAGUUGAACCAAUAUUUGCUUCAAUUGCCUUGUAUGAUGCCAAAGAAAAGAAGAAAGUAUCAGAAAACUUUUAUUUUGAUAUGAAUUCAGAAGGUCUGAAGCACAUGCUGUCUUCUCAUAUUCCCUACAGUGACACAAGCACUCUUAGCAGGGCGUGUGUUUUUGAUAUCACAUAUCCUUCUUCUGAUUUGUUUUUUGUAAUCAAAUUAGAGAAGGUGUUACAGGGUGACAUAAAUGACUGUGCUGAACCCUAUAUAAAAGAUGACAAGAGUCGUGAGAAACUGAAGACCAAUGCUGUUACUGCUUGUGAACGUCUAGGGAAGUACAGGAUGCCAUUUGCAUGGACUGCGAUAUAUGUAAUGAAUGUCAUUGAUGGUGUCAACAGUUUAGAAAGAGAAAGCGGAAGUGACAGAGAAAACACAGGAUCAUAUAGCUUAGACCGAAAAUCUAGCAGCAACAGCUUUGACCAGUUCAGAAAACGUGCAAGUGAUAUGGGGUCUUUAACAAGAAGAGGAUCAUUAGAAAGGCGCAGCAACUUGGAAAAGCGUCGUAGUUGGUCUCCUGAUGACUUUGGUUCCAAUCUUGAUACUUUUCGUCCAGUCACCAUUACUGUGUCUAAUUUUUUUAAGCAGGAAAGUGAUCGCUUGAGGGAUGAAGACCUGUACAAGUUUCUUCAAGAUUUGAAACGACCAUGUUCUGUUAUUAAAAAGUUAAAAUCAAUACCUGGGACAUUGAAACUUGAUAUUUCGCCAUGCCCAGAAGAAUUAAAAAACUGUCUGACUCCAGAAUUAGCAAAACUUAAACCAUUUCCAGAUGAAAUGAGUCGGCCAACAAAAGAAAUAUUGGAAUUUCCUACUAGAGAAGUAUUUGUUCCUCAUUAUACAUACAGAAAUCUUCUGUAUGUAUAUCCUAAAGACUUGAAUUUUGCAAGCAGAGCAGGAUCAGCAAGAAAUAUUGCUGUCAAAGUUCAGUUAAUGUGUGGAGAGGAAGAACGACAUGCAUUACCUGUAAUAUUUGGUAAAUCAUCAUGCCCUGAAUUCAUGUCAGCUGCAUAUACGGUCGUCAGUUAUCAUAACAAGUGUCCUGACUUUUAUGAUGAAAUAAAAAUGAAACUUCCAGCCAAUCUUGGAUCACAGCAUCAUUUACUUUUUACAUUUUACCAUAUCAGCUGUCAACGAAAAAUUGAACAACCGGUUGUUGAAACUCCCAUAGGCUACACAUGGCUUCCAUUGUCCCCAGAUGGCCGGCUCCAAGUUGGGGAUUUUUGUCUUCCAGUAAUGGUGGAACAUCCACCACCUAGAUAUUCCUACAUUCCACCUGACGUGCUUCUACCUGGUACUAAAUGGGUUGAUAACCAUAAGGGCAUCUUUAGUGUUGUUUUAGAAGCUGUUUCUUCGGUUCAUACUCAGGAUAAAUACCUAGACAGGUUCUUGAAUCUGUGUAGUGCUAUAGAAGAAAGAAAUAUUCCUGUGCGAUAUGGUGAAAAUUUAGAGAGUGAACUAAAAUCAAGCAUAUUGGAACUUACCCAUUCAAAGUCUGAACCAUUGGUCAAAUUCCUGCCAGUUGUAAUCAACAAACUUUUAUUGCUAAUGGUGAGACCUCCAACAGUAGCUGGGCAGAUUCUAAAUGUCGGUCAUACUUCAUUUGAAGCAAUGGCAAUGCUUGUAAGAAAUAUCUCGGUUCUGCAGGAGGGCCAUUGUGGACCUGGUGGGCGACAUAGUUUACUUACCACAUAUAUCAGUUACCAGUGUAUGUUGCCACACUGUGCAGAUAUGUAUGCAGAGAACAAUGUUUGUCCUCCUCAGAGUCCUGAGAACACAUCCCACCAGUUUACAGUCCCUCCACUCAGAAGCAGACAUUUAAGGAGCAGUAGCAAUCCUGAUAUGUAUGCAUCUCUUACUGGUGAUGAUGAGGUAAAUUCAUUAGCCAGAGGACUUGAUCGUACAUCAAGUAUGAGGAGUGGCCCCGGUCAAGAAAAUUUUGCAUAUAUUUCCAAUGUUCAUCAGCCACGUAAAUUGCUUCACGAAGAACUGGCGCUGCAGUGGGUGAUGUCUAGUGGAAUAGCUAGAGAACUUGCAAUGACAAAUUCAUGGUUUUUCUCUGAAUUGAUAGCGAGGAGCAUGGCAGAAUACUUGGCAACAUCUCGAAGCUUAAAUACUCCACGAAAAAUCAGAUUUUCAGAACAGUUCACAGAUGAUAUAUCCACCUUAGUAUCCACUAUCACUUCUGAUAUAAUUUCCCACAGCAACAGAGAUGGAAAGGUGUCGCAGAACCUGAAUGCAAGCUUAGCAUUUUUCCUCUUUGAUUUACUUUCUAUAAUGGAUCGAGGUUUCGUGUUUACUCUUAUAAAGAACUAUUGCAAGCAGAUGUCUUCAAAAAUUUCAUCUCUGUCUGAUGCAGCUUGCUUGAUUAAUUUGAAGUUGGACUUUCUAAGGAUUGUUUGCAGCCAUGAACAUUUUGUAGCGUUGAAUCUACCUUUUGGGACACCUUUUACUCCAAGCUCUGCUCCUUCAUCACCAAACCCAUCUAUUUCGUCAUCUACAAGCCAGUCAUCAUUUGUGUCAACACUUGUUGGAGGUGAUUUAAUGAGUUUUGCAGAUCUGUCACCUGCAUUUCGACAACAACAUUUCCUGAUUGGACUUGUUCUCACAGACCUGGCUACAGUCCUGGAAUUACAGAAUCCUAACCUUCAUUUUAAAGUGGUCAACCUUGUGCGUAAUUUGCUGACGUAUCACGACAGUGACCCACGAUUUGCAGAACCUGAAUGUAGAGCACGAGUGGCUGCCCUGUACUUGCCAUUUCUGGGUAUUGUCAUGGAUGCCUUACCACAACUUCAUGGCUUUUUCCCAGGAGCUAGAGGUCGUAUGUUGCUGGUACCAGGCUCAGAUAAUAUGGAACCUCAAAAUGGUAUUGAUCAUUCUAUUGCAAUGGCAAUUGCUGGUACAACAGUGUUUCCAAAGUCAGUUGGUCCUGAUAAUCCUCAAGGCCAACAGAAUUGGAAAUGUGGCUUGAGUUCUGAUACAACACGUAAUCUUCUUAUUUGCUUUCUGUGGGUAAUAAAAAAUGUUGAUAAAACCGUUUUGAAGCAUUGGUGGACAGAGCUGCCUUCACAGAGACUGCAUCAGCUCUUAGAAGUGCUCAAUAUUUGUAUUUCUUGCUUUGAAUAUAAGGGCAAAAAAGCUAUUAAAAGAUUCUCACAACAAAGUUUUCGUAAAACAACUGACAUCAAAUCUCGCUUGGAAGAUGUAAUUCUAGGACAGGGGUCAGCACGAAGUGAAAUGAUAAUGCGACGUAAAGAGAAGAAUCCUCCAGCUUCUCCUGGUUGGCCAGGUGAUCGAUUACGAUGGCGCAAAGAACAAAUGGCAUACCGUCCCACUGCAGAACAGCCAGAACGACCAAGGGCUGAAGUUGAGACAGAUGCUCAUAUAGAAGGAAAUCUGGCCACUGAGGUCAGCUUUGUUAUUCUAGAUACAUUGGAGCAAAUUGUUCAGGUUGCAUCACAGACAGAUAACUUGCAGGGACUACUUGGAGUGGUAUUGAAAGUUUUGUUACAUGCUCUCUCAAGAAAUCAGAGCACUAUAGUUCUUCAGAACAUGUUUGCAACACAGAGGUCCCUUGUAUUUAAGUUCCCAAAUCUGUUAUUUGAUGAAGAAACAGAGCAGUGUGCUGAUCUCUGUUUACAACUUCUGAAACAUUGUAGUUCAAAUAUGGGCAGUGUUCGAUCCCAGGCAUCUGCAUCACUCUACCUUUUAAUGAGACAAAACUUUGAAAUAGGAAAUAAUUUUGCUAGAGUAAAAAUGCAGGUGACAAUGUCUCUCAGUUCACUUGUUGGAACCAGCUCUUCAUUUAGUGAAGAGUCAUUGCGGCGCUCUUUGAAGACAAUUCUCGUUUAUGCAGAAGAAGACACUGAAUUGCAGGAAACAACUUUUCCAGAGCAGGUUAAGGAUCUUAUUUUUAAUCUACACAUGAUUCUCUCUGAUACUGUAAAAAUGAAAGAAUUUCAAGAAGAUCCAGAGAUGUUGUUGGAUUUGAUGUACCGUAUAGCAAAAGGGUACCAAAAUUCACCAGAUUUGCGGCUUACUUGGCUUGCGAAUAUGGCUCAAAAACACAUGGAGCGCAAUAACCACACAGAGGCAGCAAUGUGCCUUGUGCACAGUGCUGCACUGGUAUCAGAAUAUCUUCAUAUGCUUGAAGAUCUGCCACACUUGCCACCGGGUGCUGUAGGAUUGGAAGGAAUAACACCCAAUGUACUGGAAGAGAGUGCUGUCUCAGAUGAUGUAUUGAGUCCAGAGGAAGAAGGUGUAUGUCUUGGGAAAGAUUUUACUGAAAGUGGACUAGUUGGGUUGUUAGAACAUGCUGCAAACUCAUUUCAUACGGCUGGCAUGUAUGAAGCGAUGAAUGAUGUGUACAAAAUUCUGUUGCCUAUUGCAGAAGCAAAUAGAGAUUACAAAAAACUGUCAAAUAUUCAUGGGAAAUUACAUGAUGCAUUUACAAGAGUUGACCAGCUGCAGGGAAAGCGUGUCUUUGGAACAUACUUCCGUGUUGGUUUCUAUGGAACUAAAUUUGGAGAUCUGAAUGGAGAAGAGUUUAUCUAUAAAGAACCAACAUUAACAAAAUUGCCUGAAAUUUUUAGUCGGCUUGAGAAUUUCUAUGCUGAAAGAUUUGGAUCUGAAAACAUUGUCAUUAUAAAAGACUCAAAAUCUGUAGAUUUGAGCAGUUUGAACCCAGAAAAAGCUUAUAUUCAGAUAACAUACGUGGAGCCUUAUUUUGAGUCUUAUGAAAUGAGAUACCGAGUAACAUACUUCGACAGAAAUUUUAACAUCAAAAGAUUUUACUACGCAACUCCAUUCACACCUCGAGGAAGAGCUCAUGGGGAACUUCAUGAGCAGUACAAACGCAAGACUAUACUAACUACCGCAAACCAUUUUCCAUACAUUAAAACUCGUAUACAAGUAGUGGAUAGAAAACAGAUUAUUUUAACCCCUAUUGAAGUUGCUAUUGAAGAUAUUCAGAAGAAAACAAUGGAACUUGCACAGUCAACACAUCAAGAACCUCCAGAUCCAAAGAUAUUGCAGAUGGUGCUACAGGGUUGUAUUGGUACAACUGUAAAUCAAGGGCCCAUGGAAAUAGCUGUUGUCUUCCUUUCUGAGCUUCUAAGUGGACAGAAAGCUCCAAAUAAACUUCAAAACAAAUUACGCCUUUGUUUCAAGGAUUUUUCUAAAAAGUGCAAUGAUGCUCUGAAGAAGAAUAGAAACUUGAUUGGUGCAGAUCAGAGAGAUUACCAGCGUGAACUUGAAAGAAAUUACAGUUGCUUUACUGAGCGCUUACUUCCCCUUAUUACUGUAAACAAUGCACAUCGAACCUCGAUUAACAAAAAGUAAAAACACUGACAAUUGAAUGUUACCAUAAUUUUAACUUUUUAUACAUUUCUACUUGUGUUGAUAAAUUUUUAUCUAUCUCUUGUGGGACAUUAUACAGUGCAGUCAGUUUUGUAAGUUAUAAAAAUCAAACAGUGAACUGAUCUGUGAGACUUUUGUGUUAUAUAACUUAAAUUGAUUUUUCAGAAAGAUUGGUUUCAUAGUGUGCCACAGACAUUAAAUCAGCAUAAAAUGAGCUAAAAAUGCUUCACUCUGUCUCGAUACUAUGACGAGCAGUGUGUUGCUAUGAAUAUCUGUGAUAUUAAGCUACUAUUUUAUAACUAAUUUAUGCUCAUGCGUAUAAUAAUAGUGAUGUUCAGAGUAUCAUUAGACUUCAACAUUAUGCUAGAAUUAAAUCUUGUGACUGACACCUUUGAUGAUUUUGAGCUGUAAGCUAGAUAGUGUUUUGUCUUAAUAUUAUUAUUUAAUAAUAGUAAUUAUUGUAAUGUGGGUACUCACUGUGAAUUUAUUUAAUGUCUACAUGAAGAGGAGAUGUAAGAUGUGCCGUUAGACUGUUCAUUCCUUUAAAAAUGCUUGUAUCAAUAUCUCAGACAGUUUUGUUGAUGUUAUGAACAAAAUUAGUAAUGUUUUGAGUUCCAUGUAUGAAAUCCUACAGCUCUUCAUCUAUCUGCAUGAAGGAUCCGGUGAAAUGCAAAUAUAUGUAUGAAACUGUCAGUUCCUAACAGACUUAAAUGUUGUACAGCACUGGGACAUGAACCUGGGCUCAGGCUUUUCAUGGACAGUGCUGUUACUGCGUUAGCCAGGUAUUUUAGGUGGCAUCACUCAGUCUGCCGCCAGUACCAACCCCUUACUUUCCAAAUUCCACAGAGAUUCUCUGGCGUGCUUUGUUAAUCAAGUGCAAACUGAAUAUUUGAGUCUGCCUGUAAGUUGUGACCAUAUAUUUUAGCCAGGAAGACCAUAGCUUCUGAAAGCUGAAGGAAUAGAUUUGACUGAGAUUGUAUGCUCAGACUGUGCAGUAUAUAGAAAUGAAAAUUUAGACUGUAUUAAAAGGCAAAAUUGCAUUCAAUAUGAUGUCUGGUCCUCUAUAAGGAUGGAUAAUAUGUGAUGUUUUGCUUGUUAGUUUUAUCACUUUUUUUGUGGGUCUCCUGCAUUAGACUGAAAUGUUUAGUAAUGUAUGUCAACUAAUAACUCACAAUUCACUGUUCUUGUCUGGUGUAUAAUUUUAACGCAUUAGAGAGUUUUGUUCUUUAUGUUUGAAGCUACUUUCAGAGUCUUAAUUUUCUGAAACAAUUAUUCCACCGAAGUUACAGAACCUGAAAGACUAGGGUGAUAUCACAUAUCUUUAUGGUGAGAUCAGUGGUUUGUAACAAGAUUUUCCUUACUCUGCUUUACUUGAAUCUGCCAAUUAGUUGACUUGGUAUUCUUCAGAUGUGAGUAUAUGAUGUGUAACAAUCAAGAAAGCAACUGGUGAAUGCUAAAUAUUGGUUUAAUUAAUUUCCAGUACAGAAGAGGCAAAAAUAAAAAUCCCAGGUCCAUUAAUUUUUUAAAAUCUUUCAUUUUUAUUUUAUGGGUUUGUAUUUAUUGUCCCUCCUCACUGAAAAUGGGAUAAUUUCAGAUGCACUUUCUGACAAAAAUAUGCAGCAUGGGUCAAAAUUAGAUAGAUAUAUUUUCUAAAGUCCUGUGUUAAUGUUGAAGUAAUCAAUUGUCUUCAUUUUUUACUGCUUGUGCAAUUCAUGACUUUGAUGCGUAUAAUGCCACAGCCCGUGGUUAUGGUUUCCAUGGUAAAAAUGAUAUAAAUGUAUUCCAAUUUCAUGUAGUUAUGGGCCUAGUCUAUCUAAAUGGUGUAUAUAUCAGGCUGUGCUUUGUAUGAUUUCCAAAUUUAUUUAUUUUUUUAAAAUCUUCAUGAUGUUUAUCCAAAAUUGAGGCAGUGAGUAUAUUGCAUAGUCAGAACUGUCUCAUUUCCAGUAGAGCAUUGCAAUCUUACACUAUACACAUUUUCUUAACACCCAAGGUUCCUAGCUCUCAAUUGGGGAAAGUUGAAUGACUUCGACAAAACAGCAUAUCUGCAUUUUAUGGGUUUGUAUUUAUUGUCCCUCCUCACUGAAAAUGGGAUAAUUUCAGAUGCAAUUUCUGACAAAAAUAUGCAGCAUGGGUCGAAAUUAGAUUGGAGGUAAACGUUGUUAUAGCACAUGAUCUUUUGUAAAGACUGGUACUUGUAAUAAGCAGUAAAACCUGUAAAGCAUAUCUUCCUCUUUAUAAAAUGAUCAUAAUUGUCUAUAUGGAAUAUUUAAUUGGUAGAACUUCAUUAGGGAAAUGUAGCUUACUCAUUUCCUCCAACUAAAGCAAUCUGUGUGUGGUGUAGAACUUCUGUUAUAUGUUCCCUGCACCCUCUCUUGUAGUCAGUCAAGAAGAAUUGUUGGGGGUGCUCUUAUGUUUUCAAGCAGUUUAUGAAUUUCCUGCAGCUCGGCAACACCACUAAAUAUCAUUCUCUUUUCAACUAUUCCUUAGUUAGGUUGAUGUGGCAUUCACUUACUGUUGUUCCAUGUGAUUCUGAGGUAAUUAAUUUUGUAUUGCGGUAAAUUUUAUCAGCUGAAAUUUAUAUCAGAACAAUUUUAAAAUACAGUAUUCACAUGAGAAGUUAUUGAACAUAUAGGCAAUACUACCAGCAAGCUACAGAACAUUGACAGAUUUGUAUAUACCUAAUACCUGUAAUCCGCUACUUCCACUUUGUGUUUGUGUCAUAAGAAACAAAACUUUCUUCGUGUCGUGUUACAUCCAGAAAUGUCAUGUUAUCAUGACUCGAUUAUUAAGUGUUCAAAAAGGAAGACUUGAAAACAUUAAGUCAACAUUUAUCUCGAAUUACAGUGUGUGUUAAAAUUAAUAAAAACACAUAAUUAGAUCAAAAUCCAUGAUACAACUAUUUCUGAUGAAAGAUCUUUUUCAGAAAUAGAUCAUAAUUUUAUUCUUAUAAGUUACAUAUAUCUUUUGCAGUCAAUUUUAAUUUCAUUUUCUCUAUUUAUAAUGUCCUCUUUCUAUUGUCACUUAGCAGUAAGUUUCUUGUGACAACAUGUAAGCAGAAUUUGAACAAAGUUGUUUCUUCAGUAUUGUCAUGACCGUGUACAAUAAAAUAACCAUAAAGACAGGUCUAACCUAGGAAUAUCAUUUACAAAUGGCUGAUACUGCAGAAGUAGUCAUGAGUUGACAGUUAACACUGAAUAGAUUUCUUUUGUACUUUAUCAGAGCUUGCAUUUCCUUUUUUAUCAGAAUGCUGGUAACAUGCAAUAAGUAUCUUAAGAAAACAUUUUGAAAGCAAGAAUAUAGAUCAAAACUUUUAGAAAAAGGAAAGCAGUGUGUGGCAAUAUGGUUGUUCUUGCUUCUUUUGACUUCAGAGUAAUUUAUUUUGUAUUAUUAUUCGUAACACGCGGCAAAAAGAUGCUGAAAGUUUCUUUUUUCCCCUUCAUGAUAAUUCCUUCCAAUAUUCCGAUAAAAAAAUUGCAGUAAAUUUUCACAGUGGUUUCUGUAGGAUUCUGUGUGGCAAUCUUGAUGAUGACAUUGCUAUGAUAUAAAAUUUUGUUAAUCAUUUGUGGUUUUUAAUUUCAUGAAGGGAGAUAAUUGUCCAGGCACGAAAAAUAUUUGACAAUUUCCUAAUGAAUUAAAUAUAUUGAAACCCAAGGAAAAAAUAAAAUCUUUGCUACAUCAUUCCCACUUCAUCAAUGAAUUUCUGAAUGGACUGUGUAAAUGUAGAUUAAGAUUAAUGUAAAACCCUAUCAUGUAGCUAAUCAAGUAAUUUAUCUCAGAAAAUGUGUAACUCUAAAGAUGCUCUACAUCACAGCAAGAUACUGCAAAUAUGUUCCGCAGAAUGUGCAAGUAAUUAAACUAAACUGAGGUUAAAUUAUAUCAUAAAAAUUAUUUUGUAUGCAGAUAUGCAGAUGAAAAAGUAACCUAGUAACCAGCAAAACCAUCACCGUAAGAUAGCUGACCACAAUGAAACUGUUUUUCUUUGCAUUUAAAUGUAAUUUUAAAUUUUGUUAGCAGUUAAAAUAAAAAUUUGUUUCUGUGGGCUGUGCUUAUAGAAUUGCAAAUGGGAUGUGAAAGUUUAUAUAUUCUUAAUAGUAUUUCUGUACUUUGUAACUGUGGCUUUUUUACAUAUCAUAUUAGUUUAGUGAACUGCAAAUUAUGUGCACGUAUUUACAAGGUUUAUAAUAACUGACUUGUCUUAUCCAUACAUCAUCAGGGCUUGAUGUAUUUGCACAAAUGUGAGCACAUACACGCGCACAUAUACACACAGAGAGGUUUCUUUUUCAUGUGCCUUAUUUUGUCUGACAAUUAUAGAAAUGUGAACUGGCUCAGUUUUAGUACAGUAUAAUGGUUUUUUAAAUAAUUUAAGAAUCUAUUCAUUGUGUGAAGUAAUUUCAUAGCAUCGUGAUAAAAUAUAUAUAUUAUAUGUGCGUUACAAUUUUAAAGCAAAUAUAAUUUUAUUGAUUAGAACUGUAAAUUAUGGUUUAAUAUGAUUUGGAAAUAAAAACUCAGCAUAAACAUUGUGACAUUUCAGAAGUUUUUGAAAGUAUUAUUCUUGUAAAUUCAUAAA